AUGAAUCGGUAUUCUUGGGCUGGAGCUCGAGAGGGCGGAACGCGACCUGGUUCAACGGGCCGCGGACCUCCCCAUCGCGAGGCACGGCUCUUUCCGGCUGCGGUCCACAGCUCCCUGCGCGCACCGGCCGACCACGCCCAGCUCUGGCCCGAGUCCCGCCAGCUCACCGCAGCCUUACAUCUCCCCCGCGCCCAGCGUCAGGCAUCUCAUCGCCCACCCGCGUAUGGCCAUUCCGCCUCUCGUCGCCCCAAUCGCCUUUCCCAGCCCCGCCCACUCGCCGCAGCUCGGGUGCCCAGCCCCCAUGUGACCCGAGCCACCGCGCCUGCGCUCCUAUCCCCGCCUCCUUUUCCGCUCGCCAUCGCCGCACGCGUUCAGUUCUGCCCUCGCUCUUUCCUCCCGGGGACUCCCUCGAUGCAUGCCGGCAAGCAGACCCUGGCCUUUCCUGUAUGUGCGAACGUGAUGACUGACCGACCGGUCCUCACUUACUGCACUUACACGCCACGCCACGCACGUCACGCCACGUCUCGGCAUGACUCGGUCUCUCGCAGUCCAGUCGCCUGCCGUCAGCCACUGACGCAUCUCCGGGCCCUCCUCCGCGACGCCUGCGACGCCCACGGCGCUCGCAAGGGGGACUUGCGCAUGCGCACGCCCACCAACACCACGCGAUCACAGAAGCACCCCCCUCCCUCCUUCCUUCCCUCUGCUCCGCCCCUUCCGACCCCUGUCCUUCUCCUUCUCCUUCUCUCCCCGACUUGGCUUCGCACGUCGCCCCCGUCGGCACCUCCAUCUCAGGGUGCGAUCUCCAGACUCGUCCGUACCGUCCAUCCAUUAUAA